UGUUAGUUAUAUGAUAUUUAAUUCGAAAUUCUAUUAAAGAACGUUUACAUACAAUACAGAAAACAUACUGGUGUGGAGGGCAACAGACUCGAAAAACUUCGGAUGAUGAAGUAAAACAUAAUCCGAAAUAUUUUGAAAAAGAGCCAUCAGGUCUCGAGGUUGGAAUAAGCAUGAGGCAUUUACGUAAGGUAUACAAAAAAGGAAUGAAAGAAACCGCUGCUGUUGAAGAUACAUCUCUUAAUAUUUAUCAAGGGCAGAUAACUGCACUUUUAGGACAUAAUGGCGCAGGGAAAACAACAACUAUGUCUAUGUUGACUGGAUUUAUUCCAUCAACUUCCGGUACUGCUAGAGUUAACGGAUAUGACAUAAAUGAUGACAUCAGUAGUGUGCGGGGAAGUCUUGGUAUGUGUCCUCAGCACAACAUCUUGUUUGACACGCUUACCGUAAAGGAGCACCUCGAAUUUUAUCAUAAGCUGAAGGGUUGUAGUAAAACUAGAAUGAAUGAAGAUAUCAAUGAAACGCUGGUACUUUUCAAACUUGAAGAGAAAAGAAAUGAUCUGGCUGGAACCCUUUCAGGUGGCCAAAAAAGGAAAUUGUCUGUAGCCAUAGCUCUCAUAGGGGACUCUAAGGUAAUCAUACUAGACGAACCUACAUCAGGUAUGGAUCCUGGGGCACGGCGCCAAAUGUGGGACAUUCUUCAGAAAUUUAAAGAGGAUCGAACUAUAGUACUUUCAACUCAUUUCAUGGAUGAAGCUGAUGUUCUAGGUGACCGUAUUGCUAUUAUGGCUGACGGAGUUGUCAAGUGCUAUGGUUCUUCAUUGUUCCUUAAAACUCUUUAUGGUGCUGGUUAUCAUCUAGUAAUGGUGAAGGAACCACAUUGUGAUGUUGCAAAAUUAUUGAACACAAUAAAGAGGCACAUUCCCUCGGCCUUCUUGGAAACUGAGAUCGGCGCAGAGUUGUCUUUUCUUCUUCCUACGGAAGGGGCGCCUUCAUUUGAAGGCCUGUUUACCGAAAUAGAGGAGAAUGCCCUGAAAUUUGGAAUAAGUAGCUUUGGGAUGUCUGCGACAACAAUGGAAGAAGUUUUUUUAAAGGUAAAAGACGAUGCUGGGAAUGGUAAUAAAGCUUACUGUGAUGACGAAACAGACACUCACUGUGUACAACUGCAUAUUGAUGAAGGCGCGUCAUUACAUCCAAACGCUACGGAGAGAAAUGAUGAAAUAGACUUUAAUAAAGGCUUUGAAAAGAACACUGGAAUUACAGCCAUUUUCCAGCAAUUACGUGGAUUACUGAUGAAGAAAGCAUUCCAUACUUGGCGGAGCAAAUUUAUGAUCAUAAUUCAACUCAUUGUGCCUAUUUUGCUUGCGAUAGCUGGUCUUCUUGCUGACCAGUCAAUUGAUGGACUUAAGCCCCAUCCUGAUCCACCACUGACUUUAGAUCUACGACCGUAUCCAAACUCCAUAACAACACUCACUAAAGGAAUUUAUUCCCCACCAAUAUCAGAAAAUAUGAUUCAGGAGUAUUCUAAAAACUUCCGUCAAAAGGGUCUGGGUGUGGCUGUGUAUGAUUCUAAGGAUUCUACCCAGUUUAACAUAAGUAAAUUUUGGCUGGAUCGCUCGAAACAAGUAGGACAGAGAACCUUUAAUUCACGAUAUGUCAUUGGGUUUGGAUUCGAUGGAAAUGAUAUCAUCAGUUAUUAUAACGGUGAAGUGAUUCACGCUAGUGGUAUCAGCUUGUCAUAUACAAUGGAUUUUCUUCUUAAAUUUUACUGUGGGAACUCCAAAAGCAUUCAAACCAUAAAUCACCCAUUUCCACCGAGUGAGGAAUUAAAGCGUUCAACUCAGAGCGCAGGAUUUGCAGCCUUCAAAGGACUAAGUCUUGCUCUUUGUGUCUUAUUCGGACUUUCCUGUCUAGUAGCUUCUUUCAGCGUGUUUCAUAUCAGAGAAAAAUCUUCUGGUGCCAAACACUUACAAAAGGUUAGCGGGGUCGGCUCAAGAGUCUUCUGGUUGGCCAAUCUCAUCUGGGAUUUUAUCCAUUACCUAGUCCCAAUUUUCCUCAUUCUGAUUUGUUUUGCUGCGUUCCAAAUUCCAGCAUACACAGAGGAGAACAGGCUAGGGAUCGUGUUUCUAAGUUUGUUUCUUUUUGGCCUAGCAUCGAUAUCUUGGAUGUAUCUCCUACAUUUCAUUUUCCGGUCGCCUGCAGGUGGAACGGUAGCUAUGAUUAUUAUCAACACGGUAGCAGGUCUUUUCACACUGCUAACGGUCACAUUUCUCUAUCCAAGUAAAAAGACCAAAGCUGCAGCAGAGACCAUGGAUGUUUUAUUUAUGAUCUUUCUUCCGCAUUACUGUCUGGGAAAGACAUUUACUGACAUCUAUGUCCGAUACUCUUUGCGAUCUAAAUGUAAACAAGAAUUUAGUCUGGAUCUUUUAGCAUUGAAUGGGAAAAAAGAACAGUGUCCCGAUGACAACUACUUAGAGUGGGGUUAUCCCGGAUGUGGUCAAUACCUGUCUUUUAUGGCCAUACAGUGUGUAGUUUAUAUGACUUUCGUACUUCUACUGGAUAGUGGAAUAGUCAACCGUCUGUUGUAUAGAACUCUGUGUACCUCUAAAGCCGGGAAUGCACAGAGUGAUAACAACGCUAGUCCGGACUCGGACGUAUUGGAAGAAGCGAUGAGAGUCAACUCCACUAACCAGAGCGAUCUAAUGAAAACCGACAAACUUAUAAUUAAAAACUUGGAAAAAACAUACGGCCUCAUAGAUCAGUUUAAUGCAGUGAAGGGAAUAAGUGUAGGGAUAUCUGAACAAGAAUGCUUUGGACUGUUGGGGCAGAAUGGAGCAGGAAAGACGACAACAUUCAAAAUGCUGACUGGUGAUGUAAUGAUUUCUAGCGGAAAGGCUUACGUUAACGGUUUUAGCGUCAAAAGUAAUCUUAGACAGGUCCAUCGUUGUCUUGGAUACUGCCCUCAGUUUGACGCUUUGAUCGACAGUUUGACGGGAAGGGAAAUUCUGACCCUUUAUGCCAGACUGAGAGGAGUGAGGGAGAAAGACAUCAGACGGGUCAUUAAUGGCCUACUGGACGCCGUCACUUUGACGGAAUAUGCCGAUAAGAUGUGUGGGACAUAUAGUGGGGGAAACAAAAGAAAGUUGAGCACUGCAAUUGCGCUUAUUGGAGAUCCUCCAUUCUUGAUGUUGGACGAACCUACAACAGGCGUGGAUCCAGCGGCGCGGAGACAGAUGUGGAAUAUUCUCUCUAGAGUCCGAGCUAGUGGUAGGACUCUUGUCUUGACGUCGCACAGCAUGGAGGAGUGUGAUGCCCUUUGUACCAAAAUAGUCAUCAUGGUAAACGGAAGAUUCGUGUGUUUUGGGAGUCCCCAACACUUAAAGAACAAAUUUGCGCAAGGUUACACCUUGACAGUGAGACUAGCACGUGACAAUAACGGAAACGCAGUGGAUUCUGGUCCAUUACGUAAUCAUAUUGGCAAAGAGUUUCCCGGAACCGAAGUAUUCGAUGAUCAACAGGGCUACCUAGAUUUUCAAAUUCCGCAUCGGAAUUUAUCACUUGCAAAACUUUUCAAAGAAAUGGAGAAAACAAAAUCUGAAUAUAAUGUAGAAGAUUAUUCAGUACAUCAGACGUCCCUGGAGCAGGUGUUUCUUGGGUUCACGAGGAUACAGGUGCCCCCAGUGGACAGAAAGAGGGCGUGCCCUUGUUGUUUCUGUUGUAGGUCAAAAACUGCUUUUCAAGGACAAAUUAUCACAGCUCCUGGGGGACAAAUUGUAUGAAAAGUUUUUUAUUGAUGUAUUUCAUGUGGUUGUUUUUCUUAGUGUUGAAGGAGAGAAAUUUAUUUUUCAUUAUUACUGCGCAUAAUUUAUUAAAACAUUUUUUUUCCUUUUUAUCCUUUGAAUUCCAUUUUAGAAUUUUUUAGAAUUCAAAUUAAUCAUUUACGGAAUUGAGUGAAAUUUUCGCAGAAUUAUCAUCCAUUCUCAAUGAACUUUCAUGUGUGUAGUUUUCUUGAUAACAUGU